CGGAGUUUUUUCGGAGGAAAAGUUUCUGUCAUUGUGUGAAAAUGACUAAAGUCCAAAUGCUGAGAGCGUUGGUGGAGCAGCGACUAACUGCGGCUGCUGAAGAGAUAUUUGGGCUGUUUGAAAGAACGAUAGCAGAGUACGAGGAGGAACUUUGUCGUUCAAAAGAGGAGAACGAGCGACAACAGAAACUACUGGACGCUGUUUUCAGCCCUCAGCUUCGGUUACACAGAGCAGACCACACUGUGAUCCCGCCCACUCCUGACAAAGUGGCCCCGCCCCCGCCGCUUCUCAUCCAGGAGGAGAUUUGUUCUGAGAUCUGUCAAUCGACGGAGCGGUUCACACAAUCGCUGGGCGGCCUCUCUGAAGUCCCGCCUCCCUCGCCCAUCUACGCCAGCAGCUGCUGCCAGACCUCGCCUGACGACGUCCAGCAGCUGUCGGUGGUGAAAGCAGAGGUUCCCCCUGAGCAGCAGAAGUGGAGCUCCAGUCUGGACCAGGAGGACCCAGAGCCCCCCCCACACAUUAAAGAGGAACAGGAGGAACUCAGGACCAGUCAGGAGGGAGAGCAGCUUCAAGAGCUGGAGGAGGCUGAUAUCAAGUUCCCGUUCACUCCUGUCCCUGUGAAGAGUGAAGAAGAUGAUAAAGAGAAAGUUCAGUCCUUACAGCUUCAUGAAACCAAAACUGAGGAUAACAGAGAGGCAGAGAGAACAGAAGCUGAUGGAGAGGACUGUGGAGGACCAGAACCAGCCAAGAACUCAGAUCCAGAUAGUCCUUUACAACCAGCUACUCAUGACAAGACUUCAAACUCCUCUGAAUCUCAGACUGAUGCCAGCUGUGUUUUAGAGGAGACUAGGGAACCUCAGUCAGGUUUAAACCCUCUGCAAAACAAUGAAGUAGCUGUAAGUGAUGUGGAAUGUAAUACUGGAAACACAUCAGUUAGCUCCUCUGAAUGUGCCAGACGCAAGAAACCUCUACAGAAAAACUCUGGAGUCCAAACAGGAGGGAAAGGAGGGAAAACAUAUUGUUGCUCAGUUUGUGGUAAAGGAUUUGCACACCCUUGUACUCUGAGACAACACUUAACUGUCCACACUGGGGAGAAAUCAUUUAGUUGCUCAGUUUGUGAUAGAAAAUUUGCACUAAAGCAACAUCUGACACGACACCUGGCUUCCCACACUGGGGAGAAAUUAUUUAGUUGUUCAGUAUGUGAUAAAAGAUUUGCACAGAAGCAUUAUCUUAAUCGACACUUGGCUUCCCACACCGGGGAGAAAUCAUUCAGUUGCUCAGUUUGUGAUAAAAGAUUUGCACAAAGUAAAAAUCUGAAACGACACUUGGCUUCCGCACACACAAAAAAGAAACCAAUAAAUUGUUAA